GCUGUAAUCGACACACGACGACUGUUAAGAAUACAUACAUACACCAUAUGUUACAAAGGACCGAUGUGACCAACCAUUGGCGAAUUAAUGUUUGUCACAAUGACUCGACAGGAUUAUUUAAAACGUUGUCACACAAUCACGGGUAGUUUACUACACAAGUAUGGUGAUUGAUUCCCCGACUGCUAAACGUGGUGUCUUGAAUUUUGCCAUGGUGAUGUCACACACUGUUUUUUUUCUGCAUCAGCACCUUUACAAAGUAAAUACCAUUGAGGCCUGUCACAGAUCCUCAUCCCGUGGUACGAACAUUGUAGAUAUUUUGUGUCAUAAUACCUAUUUAUAAACCGCAAGGUGGGUAAGUGUACCAUACCCCUGUGACAUCAGCCGGAUACAACUCACGCCACAUGGACAGAGCCAAUACAGAAGGGAUGGGCGGAAUAAAUAUUCGACAUUGACCCGUUGGUUUAUUCUCAUAAUAAGUCCAGUUGUUUAACUGUAUGUAAACAGCAUACGUGAGUCUUGCCUAUCUCUAAAAAUAGGUAAAUGGGAAUCCCAAGCGCUUGAUAUAGAAUAUACACACAUGUUUCACUAUAUAUGUAUAUCGUGGACACUUAGUUAGCUGUUUAUGUAUACAGCCGUGGCGAUGCUUAUUUUUGUAUUGUUCUGCAUGAUACCAGCCAUCGGCUCAUGGAAAGACAAGAAGAACUGUAGCCACUACGUCCCUGGGAGUGAUCCCUCGACUCAGCCUAAGACCUAUUGCUCGCCGACAGCUUUUAAGUGGAAUUGUUCCAUUGCUAUUCCGGAAACCACCUGGCACCUUCUACAAGGAGCCAUCAGCUUGGGUCGAUGCUGUCAACCAGUGUACGGAUGGAACGGAACAUUCACAAUUUGUGAAAGUAAUGGAAAGUCAGAUCAACUGACUGCUUGUGGUGACGGAUUUCACAACUUAAACAGUCCCUUCUCAUCCGCGGAGUAUGUCGAAGUCUCUGAACACGCUGACUGGGUGUGCCAUAAACAAAACCCCUUAUCCGAUUCUGACAUUCCACAUGUGAUGUGGAAGCAGCAGGAGUUCAUUAUUAGAAAGGGUCAGUCCAUCACACUUUUGGCUGAAGUUCACUCGUCCACAGAGCUAGUCAGGGUUGCUAUACUCGACGAAAAUGUGCAAUUCCCCCUGUUUAAACCGAAAAGUGAAAUCUUUCCGCACUACCAUCACAGAUUCGCCGUGCACUUCACGUUCAGCAACGUCACGACAUCAGACAGUGGCCGGUACUACUUUGUGGCCACAAACAAACUGGCUAGUGGAUGGAGUGGUAUAACUCUCCUGACGGUUCUUAAAGGAACUGAAGGAACCACCUCAGGCUCCCCCCGUAUCAGGAGCUGCAUGAUCCUCAUCAUCUGCAUGGCCUGUGUGAUAUUUCUUCAUUGAAGGAGCUGCAUGUCUUUCGUCGCCUGCAUGGCCUGUGUGGUAUUACUUCCUUCCUUCUAGUAUAUGUGAUCGUCUUUAAUUGACUGUGGUAAGGAACGUGAACCACUAUUAUGCCAUGAUUGCUUUCAUUCUGUGCGAAUAUGAGCGAGUGUGUCUACAAUGAAGGACUAAUGACAAUAGUAUACAGUUGGCUAGCUAACGAAGUAUAUUUGGGAUGAAUGCCAAUUAGCACGUAUUUAAUCGUAACGUCAUUAAAAUGUGUCGCCGGUAGUUGUCAGCAAGCCUCAGGUUAUACACCCAAAAAACAUCACCCCUCGGGUUAGAAAUUUCUCUGUCACAACCUCUAAGUAGGGGAAGAUUCUAUUAUUCUCCUUAAAAAGAUAGUAUUAAUGGUUGGAAUUCGAUCAUUUCAGACUCCUGGUUGUUUAAUUAUAUAAAAAUAAGUAUGGCUUGGACACAGACGUCGGAUACAAUGAUCAUAGAUAGUACAAAAACGUUUAUCAAUGAUUGUGUUCCGCUAAAAUGUUUUACGUGUGGUGUCGUUCUACUGAACAUGGUCGCCAUGUUCUAACCGUGUACAAUGAGUUUAAUUAAGAGUGGUGCACAUCCUUGUGCGUUAAUUCCAGUUACUGCCGGAAAACUUAUCAAACAAGUUGUAUAUACGUCAGCACUAUAUGGUUGUGAACUAUGGAUUUUAUCAAUGAAAGAGUUACUUUUGUUGGAAAGGGCGCAAAAAUUUAUUUUAAAAUCAAUUUAAAGUUUUAGCAACAGAACACGUACUGAUAUGUGCUAUGGAUUGAUUGGAUGGACAUCCAUAGAAAGUUAUAUAGAUAUAAUAAAAUUGUUGUUUUUUGGAAGGUUGUGUUAUUUAGAUGAAAAUACAUUGUCAUCGCGUAUAUUGUUUAGAAGACUAUACGCAUCAAUGCUGAACAGAUCUGGUGACCAUUUUGGUCUUUUAAAUGAUAUUUUGAGAAUUAUUAAUAAAUCUGUGUUGUUGAAAGAGGAACAUGAUUGGAAAGAACGAAUGUCAAAUGAUUGUGAUUUUAACAGAUUUGUAAUUGUUCAUAAUAUAUUGCAACCACAUAUACUAUGGAA